AUGCGGAUAAUCGAGCUCGGCAGACUACAACUCUCGCGAUGGGCUGUCCUUUCGAUGAUGGGCUGUCCUUUCGAUAUUGCUAUCCGACUACGGCAGACGACGAAUAAAUGGGAGAUCACGCAUGAGAACACGCUCCAUAGCCAUGGUCCUACUCCUCUAUCGACCCAGCAUAUCCACCGAACGCAAGAGCUUCUUGCAAAGGCCUCAAUCAUCGACCAUUAUAUCCGGCAAGGCUACACUACUCGUCAGGUCCUAACUGGGCUUCGCGAGGAGGAUUCUAGCUACGCUUUAAUCCCGCGGGAUAUCUACAACCGCCGAAAGAAGCUUAGUACGGAGUUUCUAGCUGGCCGAACGCCUAUUCAGGCGCUUUUGAUGGAGCUUCCAAAGGAUAACGACUGGAUUUUCAGGCAUAAGCUUGACUAUGAGGGUCAUCUAACUGCUCUGUUCUGUAUACAUCGAACUAGCCUAGAGAUGCUAAGGCGUCAUCCCUGGGUAAUUUUGAUGGAUUGCACAUACAAAACCAAUCGAUAUGGGCUGCCGCUACUUGAUAUUGUGGGCCUAGUGUCUACUGGGCAGACCUGCUAUAUCGCGUUCGCGUUUAUCCAAGAUGAGAAGCAAGACACCUACGAGGUCGUCCUUCACUGUCUUGCAGAGGCCUACGAGUCGCUUAGUCUUCAGUAUCCGCGGACGAUAUUGAUUGAUAAAGAGCGAGCGCUGAUUAAUGCUAUCAACGUCGUCUUUCCUGACACUAAAACCAUCAUUUGUAUCUGGCAUAUCGAGAUGAAUCUCUUGAAGAAAGCUCGCCCUCUUCUAUCAGACCAGAUUGCUAUCGCGCGCAGAGAUGGCUUUCCUCUACCUACGGGCCUUGACCUCGACCUUGACCCUGAUGAUCCUACGCGGUCUAAUAGGCCCAAAACCAAAGACCAGCUCCAGGAAGAGCUUCGAAAGCUAGUCGAUAAAGGGUGGAAAAAGAUGCUUCAGCGCUGGAAUCAGGUGGUUUAUGCAGAUUCAGAGACCCUAUUAAACCAGCGCUGGGACUGGUUUAAAGAGUCUUAUGCAGACCCAGUUUUCCAGCCUCUACUAGCCUAUCUUCAGGCUGAAUGGCUAGAUGACUGCCCUGAGCAGUUCCUACGACUUUAUACGGCGCAUUAUCUCCAUCUAGGUGAGACGGCGACGUCAAGGGCUGAAGCAGCUCAUUGGCUACUAAAGAAAGACCUCCAUACAUCAGCUAAUGAUCUUCUGGUUGUUUUGACAACUUUUGAGCGCGUUAUUAACCGCCAAUAUACUAAUAUCAGGCAUACAAUUGCGUCCGAACAGAAGGGCAAGACAAACCAGCUAUCCAACCAAACUGCAGCUGCAGAUCGAAAGAAACCACCGGUUUCCCAUGUAUCCACCUUAUCAAGCAACACCAAGACACACACCAAAGCUUCGAACCUAAGCUUUCCCAUCAGCAAUGGCAUCUAUACCCACUCGGUGAGGCGCCACCUAUCAACCCUCUACUCCUAG